UGGAUUCUGAAUAGAGGCGGGCUAAGAGCGAACUAUAGCGAAGCAUGUUAGGUUGUUAGAAAGUUAAUGGCUUGAAGGAAAGAGACGGUCUUCUCGCUUCAGGAUUUUACUGAAGUAUAAACAUAAUUACUAACAACCUCAAAGAAAGUUUAAGACAGUAUUGCGGCUAUUAGAAUACAAAAUACUAAGGAAAGUAUGCAGGAUGCAGUAGCCGGGACGGCAAUGCUGACGGACGGCUUCGAGGACGAGAUUGACUCUGUGACUCCGCGCUCCCCUGCGGUAGGAAUGGGGGUUGGAGCCACACCAGGAGCCGGACUCGGGGGUUUAGGGAUUGGUGUUGGUGGAAAGAAAGUCCGCUUGUUUGGCGAGGCUGGUGGGCCUGCAGCUGACCGGCUUGAUUUCCAGCUCGCAGCGGCCGCAGUGCUUUCCUCCGGCCCUGGAUCUGCCAGCGACGAUGAUGAGGUAUCUGAGGUGGAGUCCUUCAUAUUAGACCAGGAAGACCUGGACAACCCCAUGCUAAAGACUGCAUCGGAGCUGCUCCUGUCCAGCGCUGCCGACGGCGCUGAUCUCAGAACAGUGGACCCGGAAACACAAGCCAGAUUGGAGGCUCUGUUGGAAGCAGCCGGUAUUGGUAAACUGUCCACCACCGAUGGAAAAGCCUUCGCAGAUCCAGAGGUGCUUCGUCGCUUGACGUCGUCCGUGAGCUGUGCGUUGGACGAGGCCGCCGCCGCUCUCACGCGCAUGAGGGCCGAAAACACACUCAACGCCAGCCAGGCGGACAAUCUGGUUAUUUUCAGCCGGAGCUUGGCGGAGGCGUGCUCCGACGGGGACGUCAACGCUGUGAGGAAGCUGCUGGAUGAGGGGAGGAGUGUCAACGAACACACUGAGGAGGGAGAGAGUCUGCUCUGCCUCGCCUGCUCUGCUGGUUACUAUGAACUAGCACAGGUCUUGCUGGCCAUGCACGCUAACGUGGAAGAUCGGGGAAUCAAGGGUGACAUCACGGCCCUCAUGGCCGCAGCCAGCGGCGGCUACGUAGACAUCGUCAAACUGCUGCUGGUACAUGGGGCUGACGUCAACGCACAGUCCUCCACAGGUAACACGCCCCUGACGUACGCGUGUGCGGGCGGCUUCCUGGACGUGGUGAAGGUGCUGCUGAAGGAAGGCGCCAACAUCGAGGACCACAACGAGAACGGCCACACCCCCCUGAUGGAGGCGGCGAGCGCGGGUCACGUGGAGGUCGCCCGGGUGCUCCUGGAGUACGGGGCUGGUAUCAACACGCACUCCAACGAGUUCAAGGAAAGUGCACUUACGCUGGCCUGCUACAAAGGGCACCUGGACAUGGUGCGCUUCCUGUUAGAGGCAGGGGCUGACCAGGAGCACAAGACCGACGAGAUGCACACAGCACUCAUGGAGGCUUGUAUGGAUGGGCAUGUGGAGGUGGCUCGGUUGCUGUUGGACAGCGAGGCGCAGGUCAACAUGCCCGCUGACUCUUUCGAGUCUCCGCUGACGCUGGCGGCCUGUGGGGGCCACGUAGAGCUUGCUGCCCUGCUGAUGGAGAGGGGCGCCAACCUGGAGGAAGUCAACGAUGAGGGAUACACUCCCCUCAUGGAAGCCGCACGAGAGGGCCACGAGGAGAUGGUGGCGCUGCUUUUGGCACAAGGUGCCAACAUCAACGCUCAGACAGAGGAGACCCAGGAGACGGCCCUGACGCUGGCCUGCUGCGGGGGCUUCCUGGAGGUGGCCGACUUCCUCAUCAAGGCCGGGGCCGACAUCGAGCUGGGCUGCUCCACGCCUCUCAUGGAGGCUGCACAGGAGGGACACCUGGAGCUGGUCAAGUACCUGCUGGCUGCCGGAGCCAAUGUCCACGCCACCACGGCGACGGGAGACACGGCGCUGACCUACGCCUGUGAGAACGGACACACGGACGUGGCUGACGUGCUGCUGCAGACUGGGGCUGACCUGGAGCAUGAAUCGGAGGGGGGCAGGACCCCUCUAAUGAAAGCUGUUAGAGCGGGCCACCUCUGUACUGUACAGUUCCUAAUCAGCAAAGGAGCUAAUGUGAACAGGGCGACGGCCAACAAUGAUCACACAGUAGUGUCUCUAGCCUGCGCCGGGGGCCACCUGGCCGUGGUGGAGCUGCUGCUGUCUCAUGGGGCUGAUCCUACACACAGACUGAAGGAUGGCUCCACCAUGCUGAUCGAAGCUGCUAAGGGCGGUCACACCAUCGUGGUGUCCUAUCUCCUCGACUACCCCAACAACGUCCUGUCGGUCCCCGUGCCAGACUUGUCUCAGCUCACACACCCCUCCCAUGACACUUCUCAAGCUCCACGAGUUCCAUUCCAAGCCCUGGCCAUGGUGGUGCCUCCUCAAGAGCCAGACAGAGUGCCCUCCAACAUCACAACGCCUCCACCCGUCAUCACAAAAGGCGGAUCCAAGCAGAGGCUGAGCCCUCUACAGGGCAGCCCCGUCUCCGCAGGCGGUCCGGACGCGGACCUGCUGCCUCCCUUCCACCCGUACCAGCCCCUAGAGUGCAUCGUGGAAGAGACUGAGGGCAAGCUGAACGAGCUUGGCCAGAGGAUCUCCGCUAUAGAGAAGGCCCAGCUGCAGUCCUUGGAGCUCAUCCAGGGAGAGCCGCUCACCAAAGACAAGAUCGAGGAGCUGAAGAAGAGCCGCGAGGAGCAGGUCCAGAAGAAGAAGAAGAUCCUCAAGGAGCUGCAGAAGGUGGAGCGCCAGCUGCAGCUCAAGACACAGCAGCAGUUUACCAAAGAGUACAUGGAGGCCAAAGGCCUGAAGGACGACCCGGGGCAGCUUGGCCAGGCGGCAGGGGUGGAGCAGCCCGGCACCCCCCUGCCCUUGCAGGCUGCAGAGCCGGGCUCCGACACCGAGGGGGACGGGGAGGGCAUCCAGCACCACCAUGAUGGACUGCCCCACCCCGCCGCCGAGGAACAGGAGGAAGAGGACGAUGAUGAGGAGGACUACGCCAAGCUACCUCAGGUGGACACCAUCUUGUAUAGACAGGCCCAGGAACCCCCGCCACCCGCUCCUCCUCACACCCAGGCCCUGCAGUGUCCCGCUCCUCCUCACACCCAGGCCCUGCAGUGUCCCGCUCCUCCUCACACCCAAGCCCUGCAGUGUCCCGCUCCUCCUCACACCCAAGACCUGCAGUGUCCCGCUCCUCCUCACACCCAGGCCCUGCAGUGUCCCGCUCCUCCUCACACCCAGGCCCUGCAGUGUCCCGCUCCUCCUCACACCCAAGACCUGCAGUGUCCCGCUCCUCCUCACACCCAAGACCUGCAGUGUCCCGCUCCUCCUCACACCCAAGACCUGCAGUGUCCCGCUCCUCCUCACACCCAGGCCCUGCAGUGUCCCGCUCCACCCCUCCUGCAGGCCCGUUUCUUACCCUCCCAUCUCCUGGCCACCCAGCAGUCCACAGACUUCAGUACGGCGGACUACCCCGUCAGCUCCAGCCCCGAUCUGGAGAGGGUGAUGGUGAACCAGCAGCAGAUGUUGUGGCAGCAGUUGACAGACCUGGGACCGGGCCUUCUCACCCAGGCCCCUGAAGGACUCAUGGUGGCCACCCCAGCACAGACUCUCACAGAUACUUUGGACGACAUCAUGGCAGCAGCGGUGAGCAGCAGAGUCCCCAUGUUGAGCACGACGGCCUCGCCCCCAGCACAGACGCCCAUCCAUUCAGUGUCCCCACAAUCUAUGCUCCCCCUCUACCCCUCCGUAGACAUCGACGCACACACGGAGAGUAAUCACGACACCGCUCUGACGCUGGCCUGUGCCGGCGGUCACGAGGAGCUGGUGUCGGUGCUCGUCGCCCGCGGGUCUAACAUCGAGCAUCGGGAUAAGAAAGGUUUCACUCCUCUGAUCCUGGCUGCCACAGCGGGUCAUGUUGGCGUGGUGGAGAUCCUGCUGGAUAAAGGAGGGGACAUCGAAGCCCAGUCGGAGAGAACCAAAGACACUCCUCUCUCCCUGGCCUGCUCUGGAGGAAGACAGGAGGUGGUGGAGCUGUUGCUGCUGCGCGGGGCCAACAAGGAGCACCGUAACGUUUCAGACUACACUCCGCUCAGCCUGGCCGCCUCGGGGGGCUUCGUCAACAUCAUCAAGAUCCUCCUCAACGCUGGAGCUGAAAUCAACUCCAGGACUGGGAGUAAGCUGGGUAUCUCUCCUCUGAUGCUGGCGGCCAUGAACGGCCACGUCCCAGCGGUCAAGCUGCUGCUGGACAUGGGCUCAGACAUCAACGCUCAGAUCGAGACUAACCGCAACACGGCGCUGACCCUGGCCUGCUUCCAGGGACGGGCGGAGGUGGUCAGUCUGCUGCUGGACCGCAAGGCCAACGUGGAGCACCGCGCCAAGACUGGGCUGACACCCCUCAUGGAGGCGGCCUCGGGUGGCUAUGCUGAGGUAGGGCGGGUGCUGCUGGAUAAGAGCGCUGACGUCAACGCCCCACCCGUUCCCUCCUCCCGAGACACCGCGCUCACCAUCGCUGCAGACAAGGGCCACUACAAGUUCUGUGAGCUCCUAAUCAACCGAGGUGCUCACAUUGACGUGCGCAAUAAGAAGGGAAACACUCCCCUGUGGCUGGCGGCCAACGGCGGCCAUUUUGACGUGGUGCAGCUGCUGGUGCAGGCUGGGACCGAUGUCGACGCAGCAGACAACCGCAAGAUCACACCUCUCAUGGCUGCCUUCCGCAAGGGCCAUGUGAAGGUGGUUCAGUACCUGGUCAAGGAGGUCAACCAGUUCCCCUCGGACAUAGAGUGCAUGAGAUACAUUGCCACCAUCACGGACAAGGACCUGCUGAAGAAAUGUCACCAGUGCAUGGAGACCAUUGUCAAAGCCAAAGACCAGCAGGCAGCAGAGGCCAACAAGAACGCCAGCAUUCUGCUGAAGGAGCUGGACUUGGAGAAGUCCAGGGAAGAGAGUAAGAAGCAAGCCCUGGCCGCUAAGCGUGAGAAGCGUAAGGAGAAACGCAAGAAGAAGAAGGAAGAUCAGAAGAGGAAGCUGGAGGGGGAGGAAGAGGAGGAGGAGGAAGAGGAGGAAGAGGAGGCCAAAGUAAAAGAGGAGUUAGAGGACCAAGACUCCUCUGAAGACGGUGAUGUCCCCAUUGACCCGCCCAGCGCUACCACCACCACUACCAUCGGCAUCUCUGCCACCUCUGCCACCUUCACCAACGCCUUCGCCAAGAAACGAGCCAAUGUGGCGACCACGUCCAGCACCAACCGCAAGAACAACAAGAAGAACAAGACCAUGGAGCCCAUCAUCCUGCAGGACCCCCAGGUGGUGCUGGCUCAGCAGAAGACUGACAAAAACAAGAUCCACGGGGAGCCCAGGGGCGGCGGGGUGCCGGGUGGCAGCGACUCAGACAACCUGGACAGCACCGACUGCAACAGUGAGAGCAGCAGCAGCGGAGGCAAGAGCCAGGAGCUCAACUACCUACCGGACAUGCCCUCUUCAUCUUCCUCAUCCUCGUCUUCAUCGUCUGCUCUCUCGGGGGUGAGCCAACAGCCCCAGCCGGUCCCUGAGAAGAGACACAGCUCCCGAGACCACAAGGUCACAGUGUGCAUCUCCAAACCACACCCGAAACUCCAUGACUGCAUCAACGUCCUGGCGCCCAGCUCCCUUCCCCCCUCCUUCAAAACCAUUUCAGUGCCGGUCACCUCGCCCAACAGCAAGAUGAACCUCACCAGCCCCAAGAGGGGCCAGAAGAGGGAAGACGGCUGGAAAGAGGUGGUACGGAGAUCUAAGAAGUUAUUGGUGCCUGCCUCUGUGGUGUCUCGGAUCAUGGGCAGAGGUGGCUGUAACAUCACUGCCAUUCAGGACGUGACCGGUGCUCAUAUCGACGUGGACAAACAGAAGGACAAGAAUGGAGAAAGGAUGAUCACCAUCAGAGGAGGUACAGAGUCGACUCGGCACGCUGUACAACUGAUCAACGCCCUGAUCCAGGACCCAGCCAAGGAGCUGGAGGACCUAAUACCCAGAAAUCACAUCCGCACUCCUGGUACCAACACCAAGAUGGGCUCCACCUACACCACCUCCACAGGGGCCACCAACACUAUGGCGGCCGGCUCAAAGGGCCUGGCAUCGGUGUUUCCGUCGUCCGCUGUGUCCUUCCAGACCCCCCCGGUCUCUCAGCAGGGAGGGAAGAUGGGAAAGAACCUGUCCGCCGGGGUGAGGCCCCCCUUUGUUUCACUGCCCCUGGCGUAUGCCAACCCACACCUGGCCCUGCUGGCUGCCCAGACCAUGCACCACAUCCGACACCCACGUCUGCCCAUGGCACAGUUCGGUGGCACCUUUUCUCCAUCGCCUAACACCUGGGGCCCGUUCCCGGUGCGGCCCGUCAACCCCGGCAGCACUCACAGCUCUCCCAAGCACAACGGGAGCACUGCCCCCCGGCCCUCGCCUGUCUCCGCCGCCCAUCCGGAGUACACAGCUCCUGCCUCUACAGUAGCUCCUGCAGCCACCGUCUCGCCCACCAGCACUGCCCCCUCCGGCACCCCAACGCCCUCCUCUGCCAGGAAGCAGCUCUUCUCUGGCGAACCAAAGACGACCAGCAUGACAGCAGUCACUUCCACAGUGAGCAACGUUCCCGCCACGCAGCUGGCCCCUGCACCCUCCACCAUGUCCUCUAUUCCGUCCUCCCCUUCCGUGCCCAUCGCCAUGUCUGCACAGCAGCUGCCCGUCUCCAAGCCGGAGCCUGCUGGUGGCACCACGCCUGGUAAAGAGAAGUCCUCUCCAGAUUCAGCACCUGUCCAAGAUGGAGCGUCGGAAGGAUCGAGCUCCAACGGCCCCAUGUACUUCACAGGUCCUCCCACGGCUCCUCCAUCACUGCCCUCCCAGCAGCCGGACAGCCGACAGCAGCAGCUGCCCCUCCCCUUCUCCCCCAGCACAGAGCCCAGCCCCCAGGCCGCCCAGCCUCCCUGCUCCCACCUGCCCUCCUCUCACGCUGCACCAGCAGGGGGCAGCACUGUACCUCACUACGCACAGCCUUCUCCCUUGUGCGUGCAGCCCUCGGCCCAGGUCUACCCCAUGACAGCUGGGACAUCUCGGCAGGAGCACCAUUCUGUGUGUGUAUCCUCUGGAGCCUCCCAGGAGCAACACCAGAAACAACCGCAGCAGUAUACCAACCAGGGCAUGGCAGCCCCUUCCAUGGGCAUGACGAACGGCUCCCAGAUGCACAGCCACGGGGGCAAGACCCAGCAGCUGCCCCCCAACUACGGCCCCAACGCCCUCUUCAACCAUUUCAGCAGCAUGUUUGACAGCAAUCAGGUGGGCAACAAUCAGGUGUGGGGAGCAUGUCACCUGCCUGCUCGGACCCCUCCGGAGCAGCCCUACAUGGGAGGCGUGGGACAGAUGGAGAAGGUGAUGCCAGCUCCUGACGGCUCCAAGGCUCCAGGGUACCGCUGCAAUUCCCAGAGGAUUGUCACCAGUCCCAUCGGCAUGCACCACAUGGACCCGUCGGGAAACUCCAUCUCUUCGUCUGCUGCUCUGACCAGCUUCGCCACCAGUAUCUCUGGCAGUGCAGUGUACCUGCAGGGUCCGUCCCCGGUGGGAACCCCCUCCUUUAGCCGCCAGCAUUUCUCCCCUCACCCCUGGAGUGCCUCCACCUCCAGUGAGUCCCCGGUGUCCUCCGUGUCGUCCCCUCUUUGUACGGUGACCACGGCUCUGAUUCAGGCUAAACCCAGCAGCAACAGCCAGCAGGACCGCAAGGUGCCCCCACCCAUUGGCACUGAGCGCCUGGCACGCAUCCGCCAGACGGGCUCCGUGAACCACGCCAUGCUCACCGCCGGCUACACGCCGCCUGUGGGACAGGGAGGAAUCUGGUCCUUCGGCGUGGGCAGCGCGUCUGUCCUCCCCUGCUCUUACCCUCCACCUUUAGAGGCGAUGUCAGGCUGGUCUCAGCCCCUGAUGGGUGGUCACGUGAUACAGCAGCCGUCUGGCUUCUCCCAGCACCAAGCCAUGGAGAGGGACGACACCGGCAUCGUGAACCCCUCCAACACCUUCCAUCAACCCAUGCCCACCAACUUCAUGGACUUCCCAAAGGGUUUGCCAAUGUCAAUGUAUGGUGGGACGAUCAUUCCUCCCCAUCCUCCUAUGGGAGAGGCCCCUGGGGGCCCCAUGUACAACGGGCUCCAUAGCGCUGACCCUGCCUGGAAUCCCAUCAUGAAUGUGGUCUCCAACUCUGCAGAGACUGCAGAAACCCAGCAGGUCUGGCCUGGGACUUGGGCCCCGCACGUUGGGAAUGUGCACCUGAAUCACGUCAACUGAACACAUCUAGGGAUUUGAAGCGUAGGACCAUUAAUAACAAGACUCAUACACGUUUAAGAGAACCAGAUAAUUACAUAAUAUACAAAGAUAUUAACCUAGGGAGUGUCCAGAAACUGAGAAAUUGGAUGUUCGGACACCGUUUUGAUGUGCCUAACUAAAAAGAUGACUCCAGUGUGGGCUGCAACUUGUUUAUCACCGUCUAUGAACAAACCGAUUGCCUGUUAAACAGGAUCCAUUCUUUGCUUAGUAUAGCCAUUAUUUUGACUUUAAAAGCCCCCACAUGAAUUGUUCUUGGUCUGCAGGGCUCUACAGGACUGUACGCUUAUUUAUACUCAAGUCCAAGAACUAGGUGAUAACAUAAAGCGAGAACUCAGACCUUUUAGUGGUAAAUACAUGUAUAAUUGUUUACAUACUAAAACAAAAAGAGUUAAAACCAGAGUACAUGUCGUAUAGUGACUCUACUGUAUUAAUGUGUAAUAUUUACCUUAAUAGUCAAUAAAAAAAUUACGAAACUGUA